GUUAUUGUACCGGAACUGUCUACUGUGACAAGUUUUUACAUGGCCAUGGUUUUCUGGGAGAAUGCGUUUUUCCAAACCACAGGACAAAGGGUUGCAUAGUAUAUAAAAGCCACGAAAACAAGCCGAAGGAUCUGAAGCAAUUCGACAGAGCAGUUAUUCUGAUAAGGAAUCCUUACGACGCUCUAAAAGCAUACUUCAACUGGACAUUUGGAAAGCCUGUUAACACUUCGUCAGGAAAUAUCAAAACUUCCAAAAAAUCACCAAAGUCCCCGAGGGAUAGGUUCCAUGCCCUUGUUGACCUCUCUCGUUUCAACUCCACCGAAUGGAAAUCAUACGUCAAGGGGGAGUGUUUUCACUGGCAGUCCGUGUACAAAGUUUGGUUGAAGACGUUUGUAAACCGUUCCUUGCUCGUCCGAUAUGUGGAUUUAAAAGAAAGCCUUGUUCCUACUCUGCGACAGAUUAGUAAGUUCCUUAAUGUCACAACAUCCGAAAUGGAAUACACAUGUACUUAUAUGAAUAGAGAGGGACAGCAUCAUAGGAACCAAAAAUACGACCUGAGGAUCACUGACCUCUUCACUGAGGAGCAGAUUGACAUGGUCAACGGCGCCAUAUUGAAUGUGAUGGCGACAAUGAAGAACGGAUAUAGAUUAAAGGAUUUUAUUUUUAAACCUUUUUAGAAAUGAAAAUAACUCAUACCUUCAACUUUCUAAUAUACGGAGAUGUACGCAUCCCGAUUUCUCUUUUGUUUUGAAUCAAACGACAUCUGUACAGCACAACACAUUAUUCACGAUUGGGAACAUUGCAUAUGAG